CAAAUUCUUAAUUAAAUACCUUUCCCUUCCUUUUCCUCCGGCCAUAAAAGAAGAAAAAAUAAUAAUAAUAACAAAAAGGUCUAUGGUGUUGGUGGCGGGGAAGAGGACGAAGACGAUGGGACCGAGGCGACAAACCCUAGUUUUCGGGUUCCUCCUCGCCCUCCUCCUCGGCGUCGUCGUCUACCUCCGCAUCUGGUCCAUCGACGACGACUCCUUCUCCGCCGACGAUCGCGAGAUCCUCCGGAGACAAUUCGAGCGUGCGAAUCUGGAAGCAAUGGAUGAAUCUGCUGAGUGGAGAAUGAAGUACGACAGCGAAGUGGAGAGGAGUAGGCAGUUGCAAGAUGAACUCUUAAAGGUCAAGGCGUCGUUAGCGAGUUCGACCAGGAGGUUCUCCAUGCUUCAAGAGGAUAAUUCUAGCCUGCGCAAGCAGGUGGUGUCCUUGAAGCAACAAGUCGAAGCUGAGGAUCAAAUUUGCAACUGCAAUCAAUCACAAAUUCACCAUCGAUGACAAUUGGAACGGAAACAACUUUUGCAACAAACAGAGGGAGAGAGAUUGGUGAUGGUGAUCUAGGAGAGAAGUUUUGGUGACUUGAAAAAGGGAUUUGAAAGCUAGCUUACAAAAGAAGCCUUUUAUAAAGAUUUGAAGUCACACGCAGGAGUGCUGCAGUUAAAUUGCCUUGUUGCCAGAUUCUUCUGUAGAUAUACAUAGUUUCAUUUUCGGGUGAAAAAUGGAUAAAUUAGCAGAAAAUUGCAAGUGUUAGAAGUAGCGCAUUUAAAGAUUCUGAAUCUGUUUCAGCAGUUCAUGCUUGCUUAUCUGAGCCAGUUAAAUUUGUAAUCUUCUAGUUUUGAGAAUUUAGCACUUUUUUUUUUUAUUGCGAAACAGAAGAUGCUUAACUUUUAGUUUAGUCCUGUGCUAACCCGAUAUUUUGACUUGAUCCUUGUACAUUUUGUUUGUUAAAUUUCCACAUAAAUUGCAUCUUA